AUGCCGCUCUUUUUCCUCGACAAUGCACUUGGUCAGUUUUCUGCUCAAGGACCAAUAAAGGUGUGGUCGAUGUGUCCAGUCAUGACAGUUAUUCUGACCCUCGACUGCCUCAUCGUACCAUACUUCAGUAUGGUGUUUGCCUGGGCUCUCUACUACGUCUACUGCUCUUACACCCCCGUACUGCCCUGGACAACCUGCGGUGGCUCAUCUGCAGCUCCCCAUCCACCAUUGAGUGUCUACGGGGACGAUGCCACACGUCUGUGGAUCUCCAACAGACGGCACCAGGGAUACCAGGAGGGUAUCCUCAAGCAGAAGAACCAAUCAAAGAUCAAUAAAUCCACCGGAUUGGCCCAUGAGCCACCGCCUUCUGGCACUGGCAUCUAG